AUGGACCGAUCAUCAUCAUCACCCCAAGAUGAAACCACCCUCAAAAUCUGGAGCUGUGUAAUCUGCCGUCGUCGCAAGAUUCGCUGUGACAGAAAAGACCCCUGCCGUAUUCCCCGUCGCAACCGUGGUCCUUCUACAUCCAAAACACCAGCGCAGAAACAAUCCGAAUUGCUUAGUCGUCUGCGUCGUCUAGAGUCAGUCGUCACGGAGCUCGCGGCGCAGGUUGAGGAUGAAAAUGGGGCCAGUAUCGGAGCAUCGCAUCAGAAGCAGAUAACAGUGGAUGCUUCUGCAACAGGCUCUUCCUGGGCUACGUCAUCUACUGUUGCUGACUCGACAGAUGAAGGUGAAGAUUUCGGUCGUCUUGUCGUUGACAAAGACGGUGGAUUGCACGUUGGGAAUCGAUUCUGGUCUGUAUUUUGCUCCGAAGUUGACAAUAUCCUUCAAGCAGUGCACGACGUAGCCGACUACUCUGAUCCAUCAAACACCUCAAUCAUGACUGAACCAACUGCCAAUGGAAACCUGUCACCUCUCAGUCAUCUGGGCUUUAUCUUUGGAAGCGCAGACUUCUCAAAAGCUCUCGAUGGCCUGAACCCCAUGCCCUCUCAGAUGCUAUUUAUCUGGCAGACCUAUGUUGAGAAUGUAGACCCCUUCAUCAAGAUUCUGCAUAUCCCAACUGUCGAAAAUAUCAUCAAAGACCUGAAAGGAAAUUUUAGUUCUUGCGGAUCUACCACAGAAGCCUUGUUGUUUGCGAUCUCACUCGCUGCCAUCACGUCUUUAGAUGAUGAGGCGGUCGCUCACAACUUCAAUACACCCAAAGAACAACUUCUGCAACGAUACCAAUUCGGCACAGAACAGGCUCUUGCUCGUGUCAACUUCUUAUCAUCUAAAGACAUUACUGUUCUGCAAACUUUGGUUAUGUACCUAUCUCUGCUACCAAACACCGGCGCUCAAGAUAAAGUGUUCCCAUUGACAGGGUUAGUCCUACGAUUGGCAAAGGGAGCGGGCCUUCAUCGAGAAGACGAUUCAGAUCAGCAUAAUCAGCUUCAAAGGGAAACCAGACGUCGCUUAUGGUGGCAGAUCUGCUUCAUCGACUCUGCCAGUCGACGACCUGAAGCUUCAGAUUUGUCUAUUACGCCAGCAUCUUUUAGUGCAGGACUCCCGACAAACACAAACGACAUUGAUCUGGACAGUUCGAUAUCUCAGAUACCUGAUCCCAACCAAGGCUCAACAUGCGUAACUCUUUGUCUCAUCCGCUGCGAGCUAUGGUACCUCACUCAAGCCAUACGAGCCGACAGGACAAACUCCCUCGAAACACGGCUCGGCCUGUUCAACGCCCUGAAACAAAAAGUCGAAAACACAUACUUCCAGCACCUCCAAACGAACAAAUCGUGGGAUUCCUUCAUCAGAACAAUGGCAAAACUCUUCUUCGCCAAAGUCGAGCUCGUCAUCAGGCGUCGAUCAAGGGACCAGCCGCCAACAGAUGAACUGCUUCGCCCAUCCAUCGAAGUCAUCCGUUGCGUCCAGCUCCUCAAGUCAGAGCCUUCAUGGGAGAGAUGGCGUUGGCAAUUGCAGGGACAGAUGCCGUGGCAUGCAAUGGGUGUCUUCCUGCGUCAGGUAUCUCAACACACCUGGACUCACGAGCUUGAAGAUGCGUGGAGCGCUACCGCAGCAUUAAAAGAGAGAGCAACCAAGGAUAUGAAGACGGGGUAUAUGUGGAAAUCCCUCAUGAAGCUAUAUGCAGAAGCAGAAAAGCAUCGCGAAAAGGAACUCAAGCGGCAGGGUGACAAAGCCGAACGUACACUACAGCGUGGAAACCGCGUCAACUCGGAUGUACAGCAGAUGCUUGACAAUGCGGCCAACCAGUCGUUUGAGAUUCCAGUCAACCACCCUCUGAUCGACACCUCGACUUUCGACUCAUCACUUCAUAUCUCCCUUCCGGCGGACAACGGUUCUCUAUCUGUGGAACGACUGUCGACUGCUUUAGGUGCCGCAUCUGACGACCUACCUUCCUGGACACAAGCUGGAGGCGGUAUGGAUCUUGGUCAAGGUGAUUCGUUUGGCGGUGCAACUUCGAAUGGGGAAGGCGAUGAAGUAGACUGGGAGGCUUUGAUGGAUCUAGAUGAGACUUGGAACUGGGAUUUUCUUUAG